AUGUCUACAUUCUCGCGUCUGGUCCGAUUCCUCGCCAAGGAUGGCCUUGUAUACUAUGGCGACGCCAUUCUGCCAGCUGGGCAGAGUGAUCUCACUCAAGUCACAAAAGCCAAGGUCAUAAAGGGAGACAUAUUCGGACAACAUCGAGUCACCGAUCAAGUUGCUGAGAUCAAAACUCUCUUAGCGCCAUUGGCUCGCCACGACAUCAAGACCGUGCGAUGCCUGGGUUUGAAUUACGAGCAACAUGCGAUAGAGUCCGAUCUCCCCAUUCCUCGUUAUCCAGUGCUCUUCUACAAGCCUGUCACUUCAAUUACCGGUCCCUUUGACGAUAUUCCAGUGCCGGCUAUUGCCCAGGAAGGCGAAGGCUUGGAUUACGAAUGUGAGCUUGUUGUGGUCAUUGGAAAAGAGGCUCGAGAUGUCCCGGAGUCGCAAGCCUUGGACUACGUCUUGGGUUAUGCUGUUGGUAACGAUGUGUCUCAUCGCGAUUGGCAGCUAAAGAGAGGCGGCGGUCAAUGGGGAUUAGGAAAAGGAUUUGAUGGAUGGGCGCCCUUCGGACCUGGUAUUGUGUCCUCGAAACUAAUCCGUGACCCGAAUACUCUCAACAUAACCACCAAGCUCAACGGGAAGACCGUCCAGUCAUCAAACACCAAAGACAUGAUCUUUGGUGUCGCUCAAACCAUUGCAUUCCUCUCUCAAGGAACAACCCUUCUACCAGGUGAUAUACUCUUGACUGGCACACCUCAGGGUGUAGGCAUGGGGAGAAAACCUCAGCUCUGGUUGAAAGAUGGCGAUCACGUAGAGGUGUCUCUUGAGAAUGUUGGGACAUGCUCUAAUCGUGUAGUCUUCAACAAGCCAACUGCGAAACUCUGA